UUGCAGUGAAGAUGAGACAAAGAAGCCAAGGGAAGGCUGGAGGACUGUUGCCACUUUAUUAGAGAAAAGGUCCAAAAACAUUGGCGGUUACAGCCAAAACGGGUGUAACGCAUUAAGCCAACGAUAUUUUAAUUCCGUUAUUAUAUGAUUUACUUUGUUCCUUACGUGUUACAUCGUUAUUGUCUAGGGGAAAACGUCAAGCAUUGACCAUGCCCAGUAGCACAUCUUUGUUGGAGAACGAGGAAACGGAGCCUGAGCUCCCGCCACUAGUCCAAACAUUUGCCAGCAUGGGCAUCGAUGACCACCUCGCUCAAAGCCAAACUGAACAGCCAACCCUUCCCCAUCCAUGUCGGACCUCGCCUUUCGGCUUGUUGGGGGCUGUUUUGGACCUUCAGCCUUUACCGCUCAACCCAGCUGGAACGGAGGAGGACGACGAAGAGAGAUCAGACGAAGAGGCACUAAAUGAGAAUGAAUCUGUGAACCAUUCACUGCUCGCACAGGCCCAUGUCUCAGGGCUAGGCUCUGUCAUGCUCCCAGGACAUGAGGCCCAAGAGCCAGUCGUCCUCUACAGUGAUGGGCUUGACGAUUCAUCUGCUCAGCAGAUUCCUGGGAUGAUGAUACCGUAUGGUGAACCUGGAUAUGAACCACCUCUGAUUAAUAUGAGAAGAAAGAGCGUCAAUACCAAGGAAUGUGUCGAGGUGCCUAGCUCUGAACACGUAGCUGAGAUUGUCGGCCGACAGGGUUGCAAAAUCAAGGCUCUGAGGGCAAAGACCAACACCUACAUCAAAACACCAGUGAGAGGGGACGAUCCAGUAUUUGUAGUCACAGGCCGGAAAGAAGAUGUGGCCAUGGCUAAGAGAGAGAUACUCUCAGCUGCUGAGCAUUUUUCCCACAUCCGAGCCUCCCGGAACAAGGCAGGACCGUUGACCACCACUGCACCUGGUCAGUCAGGUGCUCCCACCUUGCCUGGCCAAACCACCAUUCAGGUUCGUGUGCCAUACCGUGUAGUGGGUCUGGUUGUGGGGCCGAAAGGUGCCACUAUAAAGCGAAUUCAACAGCAAACUCACACCUACAUUGUCACACCCAGUCGCGACAAGGAGCCUGUGUUUGAGGUCACAGGAAUGCCUGAGAAUGUUGACCGAGCUCGCGAAGAGAUAGAAGCACACAUCGCCCUGCGCACAGGCAGCUGCGUCGAUAUGAGCACAGACGACAACGACUUUCACUGCAACGGUACCGACGUCGGCUUCGAGCAAGCCGCCCACGGGGCAUGGCUCCACGCAAACGCAGCCGUGCCCAGCGGAGUCCACCGGGGAGCCGGCACUGGCUCGGCCCGCAUCACCGCUAGCUAUCGCAAUGACAGCUCGAGCUCCCUCGGCAGUGGCUCCUCCGACUCGUUCUACAGCGGUGGAGGAAACCGCAUGGCUGACUUCAGUCCCACGAGUCCAUUCAGUGGUGGUAGCUUCUGGUUUGGGGAGUCCUCCAUGCUCCCUGCAGGGUCUGAGGACCUGGCUGGGCUGGAUCCCCCAAGCUUCGACAGUCUUCCCCUAGCGACAGCAGCGCCCUCGGUCAAUCCCGUGCCGAUGGUGUGGAACCCCUUCGAGCAGGGCAUCCAUCUCUUCGAUGGCCGCACGCCCUCGUACCGCGACAGCCAGCCGGGGACCCCGCGCCUCUCGCCCACCUUUCAGGAAGCCCUGGAACACCCCAUGGCCCAGUUUGUGCAGAGCGGCUACCUCAGCUCGGAGGCACACAAGUUCCCCAACUACGGCCCUGCCUUCUCAUCCUCCAGCGACAGCACCACCUCCAACUCCCCUCCCGACCACCAGUUCUGUGGUCCGACCUCUCGAGGGGGCGGCCACUACUCGCUUCCAAGAGAGUGACGCCCACCGUCGCUGCCCCAUGCUCGACCGGCCCUGGGCACUGCGGUCUUUCCAGCAUAGUGUGCGCUCACAGUAUUCUACACAGUGCAUAGCCCAUUUGCAUUUGUGUACCAGACGCAUGCGACCCAGGCUGUCAAGCUAGGUAGCAUUUGAGCUGAUCUGAGGUGUGUGGAGGGCGGUCCACGGGGGGAGGGCCCAGGGGAGCAUGUGUUCUUUCUAGUGUAAUGUUUGGGAUGGGUUCUUGGGAUGUA